UGAUUCCCCAUCGGCACUUAGCGAUCGCCGUGUAUCAUGGAUGGGAAGAGACCUGUAUGUAAACAAAACAGAUCUCUCCCACCAGCUCCUGCACACUUCUUUGUAUGGUUCUGCAUAGCAGAGCCAUACAAAGCAAUGUGCUUACAGUGUAAAGCACACACACGGCACACAGUAAAACAGCACACAGUUAACCCUUUGAUCGCCCCAGAUGUUAACCCCUUCCUACCCAGUGCCAUUAGUACAGUGUCAGUGCUUUUUAUUAGCACUGAUCACUGUAUUGGUGUCACUGGGGAUGUCAGUGACACCAAGUCAGUUCCCCCCCAGUUGUCAGAAUGCACUCCGCAGUCCCGCUAUAAGUCGCUG